AUGAGCAUCGAGGUGGGCAAUCUUGACCAAAACUGCAAGCAGAUGAAAGUCAACCUUGAUCUGCUCGAAGAAGAACGAGAAAAGGCCAUUGUUCGAGUUGCCGCCUAUCAGCAGCAGUUGACGUCCUACUACAAUAAGAAGGCCAAGAUCAGACAGUUUCAGCCUGGAGACCUUGUGCUUAGAAAAACUUUCAUCACAUCACCAAGGCAGUUAUCUUUCAAACUUCAAUUCUCAUUGUAUCUUGUAAGUGUAUAUCCGGAGAUACAACACUUGAAAGAAACUCCAUUGAGUUUGUACUCGUGA